AUGAGCUUUCCGAUGGAAGAGGUGGCUUUCAACGUGCUGCGGGCGGCGAAGCCGGAGGGUGCACCGAUCUUCCAUGGCUGGAGUGGCCAGCCACUACGUGUGCCCCCCGAGGAGUAUGAAAGGAGACUUCAAGCCGUCAAAGAGUUCAUGGAUUCAGAUGGCAUCAGCUUGUUGGUGGUCGUUCAGCCCGAAGACCUCUACUACCUCACGGGCUUGUACACCAUCGGAGACUCGGCCCCACAAGCACUGAUCUUGCCAAAGGAUGCGGACCCUUUCCUGAUUGCUCGACUCAUUGAGUUCGACUUGGUCCCGAAGUUGUCCUGGGUGGCCGAGGCUUUCACAUGUCCGGAUAGUGCCAGCAUCCACGACGUCUUCUGCCAUGCGGUUUCGAAGUACCUUCAACCGAAGUGCCGUGUUGGCCUGCAGUUGGCUUCCAUCACAGCCGCCCACUACAUCCGGCUCCGCAGCUUCUUCGACGCUUCCCAUGCGGCGUGUGUGGAUGCCAGCAAGACGGUAGAAAAGGCUCGUCUUCAGAAGUUCGAGUUCGAGCAGGAGUGUAUCCGGGCAGCUUCCGCCAUGUCAGAGUCAGCCUUGGCUGCCGCCUUAAACGCGGUGAAGCCCGGGAAGCUCCUGAGCGACCUCCACGCCACGGCCUACAGCGAGCUGAUCCGCGCUGGCAGUGAGGUUCCCGGCUACGUCCCCAUCGUGCGCUCCACGGAUCCGUCUGGCCAUGGCUCCUGGAUGCCAGCAGAAGAAGUCCGUCCUGGAAACCUGGUCUUCCUGGAGCACUCGGCCUGCAAGUUCGGCCAUCACGCUCCCCUCAUGCGCACGGCCUUCGUGCUGAACGAGGGCGAGGCAUCACCACCGACGUGGCUGCUGGAGGCGGAACGGUUGAUCCAGAAGACCUUCGAGGUCUGCCUGCCUAUGAUGGUGCCAGGAGCUAAGGCGAAGGAUAUCGACAAGGCUGGCCGUGAGAUCAUGCUCUCCAACACCUCGGACCUGAAGAUGUCCGCGCGCCUGGCAUACUCUACCGGCAGCACAGCGACGCAGCCGACCGGGCACGCGGGAUGGGGCGACGCCGACUUCAGCCUCGUCGGGAACAACGAGGCGGAGUUGCAGGAGGGAAUGACCUUCCACUUCAUCCCGUGGUUUCAGAAGUACACGGAGCCCUCGGGGCCUUUGGGCCUCUCGGAUACCGUGCUCGUCACGUCCAAUGGCGGCCAGCGCUUCGGUGCCUUACCCCUGAAGAUGACCGUUCUGAAUCCGGAUGGUUCAGAAUGGCAGAACCAGAUUGCUUGA